CAGCGGCUCUCAGCGCCUGAGACGAGCACCAUUCAUCUGACCGAGGGCACACCUGGUCGGACCGAGGAGAGCAGUUUAGCCACCGAAGCAGCUCCACACAGCACCCGGGUUAAUCACUUGAGGAAUGUGGUGCCAUUAGGACGGGAGCCGAGAGCUGAAAGUUCAUAUCAACUUCAACUUUUAAGUUCAUUUUCACCAGCUUGGCGUGUGAGGAGGGACUUAUCAAGAAGGGAUCAUGGCCACAGGCGGAUUUAAGUCAAACGCUACCACAGACUUUUUGGAGGAAUGGAAGGCAAAACGGGAGAAAAUGAGAGCCAAAAUGCUGGGGGACAUUGCCGCAGCGACCGGUGCUCCCCUGGGCUCCGGUAACACAAACAGCACCAGCAACAACAGCCGCCACAGUGCUCCGCCGGGCACCGACCUCACCAACAACGGAAACCCGGACCGAAGCGCCUCCUCUGGGAACUGCCUCCCCUCCUCCUACUCGGUGACUCGGUCCUCCUCCGGCUCUGCUCUGAAGAGACCCGAGGAGGAAACGCACCACCCUGCUCACCCUCCUGCGCCCGCGGCCACCCCGGUGAGCAACCUGAAGAAGGCCCCGCCUCAGACGGAGAAGGCUCAGUGCGCUUCCACGGACUCCAGCCCCAUGGCUUUCAAUGACAGCGACAAGGAAACUCCAUCACCCAGCAAGGGCAAGGAGAAGAAGAGCAGUGGUCCCAGCGCCAGGAAGGGGAAAGGACAGAUAGAGAAGAGGAAGCUGAGGGAAAAGAGGAGAUCAACAGGUGUUGUCAGCAUACCAUCCAAUGAGAGCCUGGAUGAGCUGGACGACGAUGACGCGGGGGAGAAGGACAGGAGGGAGGAGGAGGAGCUGGUUCAGGCCAACACUUUCCAGAACGAGGCCAUGACAGCUGACCCUGCCACCGACCACUUAAUGGAUACCCCGAGAUGCAGCCGGCACAAGAGCGCUGCAGGACCAGGAUCUGAGGAGGAGGUGGGCGGGAAUAGCAGGCAACGACACAACCGUCAUGGCAGAGAUGGAGGAGCUGCAGCACAGGGAAGUCUGGAGAAAAGGAUGGAGGAGCUGGAGAGGGAGCUGGCCAGAGAGCGUCAGGAGAACGCCAGGUUGCUGAAGGCCCACCAGGACAAAGACGACCUCAUUGGGAAGCUGAAGGAAGAAAUUGACUUGCUGAACAGAGACCUGGAUGACAUUGAGGAUGAGAAUGAGCAACUCAAACAGGAGAACAAGACUCUGCUGAAGGUGGUGGGUCAGCUGACGAGGUAGAACCGCUCUGCACGGCACGGACCCGGCACAAACAAUCCAGCCUCCCCCCUGACGAGUGGACCCUCUCUCAGUUCUCUCCCUUCUCCCAACCUCCUGCCCUGGGUCAAGUCCACCAGUGUGGCCUUUUAUCUGUUUGAUUCUGUCUCUUUGUCUGUCAGAGGUGAAACUAUAAAGUAGUCGUCCUCAGAGCUUCACAGCCUUAAAAUACAUCCCAGAGGAGGAUUUAUUCCAUUUGGUGUGAAAGCUGAGUGAACUAGGGGCUAACGUUCUCCUGUCCUGACAGCACUGUGGGAGUUGUCUGUCACCGUAUACAUAUUUAAUGUAAAUGUCUUGUAUAUAGGCCAUUUAGAUCUGUUCAUUAUUUUGAUUUUUGAUAAGAUCUUAAAAAGCAAAAGUAAAAUGAAUGUAUGUGCUGCAAAAACAAAGGCACACAGUCUUUUCAAACUUUAGAGGCUAAAAUAAAAAAAAAAAAAAGUCUCAUUUUAGACUUUUCCACAUCUGUGCA